GUUUAUUAGCCCAAAGGUACCAAUAUGGCGGAGGCUUCCCUUGGAAGUGAGAGCCCAGUUGGCUCCUUGUCUUCAGAAGACCACGACUUUGACCCCACGGCAGAGAUGCUGGUCCACGACUACGAUGACGAGAGAACGCUGGAGGAGGAGGAGAUGAGGGAGGGGGCGCCAAACGUCAGCGCCGAGAUUGCAGACUUGGAAAAGGAGAGCUCCAUGCCUCUGGAAGAGCUGCUGGCCAUCUACAGAUAUGAGGCGUCAGUCAGCACCGGAGGAGGCUCCAGCAUAGACCGCUCCUCUGUGGAGCUUACUGACGAGCUGCCCGACAUGACGCUAGAUAAGGAAGAGAUUGCUAAAGACCUGCUGUCGGGGGACGAUGAGGAAACCCAGUCGUCAGCAGAUGACCUCACCCCCUCCGUCACCUCGCACGAAACCACCGACUUCUUUCCCAGAAACCUCCGAUCAAACGCUAUAUAUGAUGGAGAUAAGGAAUCGGAAGGUGAAGAGGAAGGAAUGAGCCCUGAAGACACCAGAAAAGAGAUUAUGAUCGGGGCUGAGUAUCAAGCUGAAAUCCCAGAUCUGUGUUGUGGCGAUGAAGGAGCGUAUGAGGGUGAAGAUCAGUGUCUGUGGCGACCGGACUGCCUGCCGGAGGGGAAGGUGACUGACUUCCUGCGAGAGGCCGCGCUGCUGCACCCCCACGCGGGCAAGAUGGCUGCCAGCCUGGACACCAGACAUGUCAGAGACAGUGAGCAGGCUCUGUAUGAACUCAUGAAGAGCAACUUCAGUGUCCACGAGGCACUUGAACACUAUCACCGCAAUGGCAGCUCUUCAAAGGGUGAAAUGGUCCCCUGGUCUGAGGAAGAAUGUCGGAAUUUUGAGCAUGCGCUACUUUUAUACGAGAAGAACUUUCACCUCAUACAAAAACACAAAGUCCCGACACGAACGGUGGCCGAGUGUGUGGCUUUCUACUACAUGUGGAAGAAGUCGGAGAGGUUUGACUUCUUUGUCCAGCAGAACAGAUUUGGCAAGAAGAAAUACAGCAGCUACCCAGGAGUAACGGACCUGAUGGAUAGGCUGGUGGAUGAGGCGGAGGGGCUGGUGGCGGAGGGCUCUGCCUCAGUGUGCUCCUCCAGCAGCGGCCGCAUGGAGCCGCCCACAGACCAGCACAUCAACCUGCUCAACUCCAUCACCGCCAGCGACCUCUCAGCCCUGACCAGCAGCGUGGCGUCCGUGUGUAACCCGGUGGACGGCGUUGGCGUUCCCGGAGCAGGCGGCUGCCUGGACUCGUACGGCUACCCCACAGCCCUGGACGGCCUGCACCACCACCACCGCGGGGCCUUGGGUCACCACGGCGACGACUCCCUGGGCGGGGUGCCAGGGGUGGUGGACAGCAGCACGGCAGCCGACUGCCUCAGCCUGCUGGACGCCGGCUUCUACCACACGGAGCUGGGCUCCCUGGCCGUCUGCGGGGUAGUAGGAGGGGAGGUUGUGGAUGACCUGGAGAGGCCCCCGGCCAAGCGUAUGAAGAUGGGGCUGGCCACAGAGUCCUAUCUGAGCGACGUUGGGGUUGGGGUGGGGGUUGAGUUUGAGGCGAGGCCCACGCACCACCACAUCACUAGUACAACGAUGGCCGUGUCGGUAACUGACUUCAGUGAGGGCGCAGGGGGUGGGUACAUGGGAACACACGCCAGCCACCUGCACCAGCACCAACACCAACACGCAGCACUACAGUCCGACUGAGAAGGAGAUUGACUGACUGGUCGUUUGCGUGCGUGCGUGCGUGUGUGUCUGAGACUGCACCCCUGGGUUGCUAGCCAGGCAACCCCCCUUUGUCGAGCGCUGUUCUGGUAACCGUGCCUCUGCCCCCCCCCCCCCCCCCCUCCACUUCCUGUUCCUUCCUGUGUGUGUACAUAAGACUGAUUGUCCAUUGGGAGAUAUUAAGACCUCUAGUUGUUUAUAUAUAUAUUAUGUAAAUAUGUACAUAGUAUCCAUUUUUUACUAUGACAUCAGUGAUGUCUUUAUUAUUGUAUAGAAAGGAAUGAGAAAAAUCUUGAUUUGUCAAGAGUUUAUCAUAGCCAUUUAUUUUUCAGUGCUUGACUCGGAAGUGUCAAAUUAUUAUGGUCUGACGUCCCGUAUGCUGUGGGGGAGAACUAAGCUCAGCUGGCGGCUGGACGGUGACUACUCCUCUACUUUAUUCCCCCCUACUUUAUUCCUCCCCCUCAACCAAUAGGGUUUCUGUUUUGGGUAAUUGCCCCACCCGCUCUCUAUAGCUAACCAAUGACAAGGCCUCAGAGCUGCUGUUGGCACCAAUCCCCCUUCUUCCCCCCCCAGACUGACUUGGUACUGAUGAGAUGAUGUUUACAGGUACCUGGGUCCAGGCCCUCUUUCCCUGAUGUAGCUUUUUUCAUACCAGAGAGGAAAUGGGUGUGGAGGGGGCUAGACUUCAUAAUACUAAAGUGGUUUGUCUUUCACGCUAUACAGACUAAUUAUGAGGAGUCCCACUGGGCACUGAAAGAGAAGGAUCACUUAGUUUUGGGUUCUUAUUUAUGUGGUCAGUCAUUUUCAGGAAUCUUUUUCCAAUCAGGAGAUAUAUUUAUACUGUUAUUUGAGCCUUUUUGUGUCGACUUAACUGCCGGCAAACCCAGAGAUUGUGUUUGAGUUGUAGAGCAAUGGCCACCGUUUGACACAGUUUAAAUCAAUGCCGUAGUAACUGACUGCAUUAUUUUAUUAUUCAAUUCAAAUAUUUCUUGCUUAUUUUUCCUGGAAGUGAAUUUAUUUAAUGCUUCAGAGUGGGGAAUGCUUCAGAAUGGGGAAUUCUUGGAAUAGUGUGAUGGAUAUGACGGGUGUUUCCAAUCAAGACAUUUUUUAAAAAUCAACUUCUCUGUGAGUGGGACAUCAUGUCCUUAAAAUGCACAUGUUCUAGAACUGUGCAGAUGAGACACCGCAGUCCACCUCCACACUCCGGAACCUUCUUUCUCUCUGUACUCCCUGGACUUUUCCAGAACAUAGGGUUGAUCCCCCCCCCCCAUCCCGAGUCCUCACGAUGAGCCACUUGUCCUUACUUUACUUGUCAGGACCAUACAAUUUACGCAUUUCGGUUAUGGCAGAAUAAUCAGCAUUUUCCCCUGACAUAUUACCACGUGUGUGUUUGACCGGGUGCAGUUGUGCUUUUUCUUAUGAGAAGGCCCAUCAGAUGUGCGUCGUGUUGGUCACCCAAAACAGAUUUGCCCUAGGUUGAACGUUGCUGUGUUUAAAUCCGCAACUGCAGAUACACUGACAUGGUACAAGCCUGUGUGCGUGUGCUAGGAAACUGAACAUAAUGCCCUACCCCCACACAAACCCCCAAACUUCCACCCGUGUUUUUCCCCCGGACUUAUCCACAUGGAUAGACUUGAUUUUUGUUCGGAAAGCUAUUAGAUUUGGUGCAGUAGUUUGUAUGUACACUUCUUCUAUGGCAAUAAUGUGUAAAAAAGAUGUACAUAAAUGUGUAUAGACUCUUUUCGUCUAAUGUGACGUCCGUAAAAAAAUACAAAUUCUCUAUUUUAAUUUUGUUUUUUGUUUUCCUUUGGGUUGAAUCUGUAGUACUUGGCCCUUUUUUAACUUUUUGGGCCAAAAAUGUGUGGUUUCGCUUUCGCGGUUAUCUUUUUUAAUUUUCCUCUUUAUUGCUUUUGGAGUGAUGAUGGAGAAUGUUAUUUAUUUAUUUAUUUAUUCAGUUGAAUUGCAGGAACAUUUACAGUGAGUGAGUGAGCGAUGAGCGUAAUUAAUUAAUUAAUUAUAAUUGUCCUUGCCCUGAUUCCCUUUUUUCUCUCUCACCAACUUUGUCCAUGUACACCGCCCUGGUUAGGGUUAAGUGUCGGGCAGGGACGAUAGCUGUUGCUUCUUCUAAAGGCAGUCUAGGCCGUCACUCACCUAAAACGGCGACGUGGCAAGGCAGCGCAUGUGAGAUCUGCCGAACAGAGAGAAUGCUGGGAAGGCGUGUCUUAAUUGCAGGCGUAGCGAGAUAAGUAGAAUGUGGCAGUAUUAUGACAUUGGAGAGGGUGAGAGAGAGAGAGUUCACUCUGCUAGUGGACUGUACUGUGGAGGUAAAGAGAAUGUUAAUAUGUUAAGGAGAGAGGGAGAAAGUGAGCAUUGGCACAUUUAUUUAUCAUGAAUUUGCGUAAUGUUCUCUUUUUCCCCCUUCUGUGGUUCUAUGACCCAGGUGAGGUCUUCUGUUGCUGGUGUUCAGUUGACGUGGUUGAGAUGGACUGAGGUGGUGUGAGUUGUGUGUGUGUGCAAGUGGUUUUGAAAAGACACGUGCGCUGUCCAAAAGGCAUAGUCUCUUCCUCCUCCCCAUCCUUUCCCCCAGCUUGUAGCGAGGGGCUAACUUUGUCACUUUCAGACAUCGAUGGCCUUUUUAUUUUCUUUUUUCAAAUGUAUGUACUUGAAAGAUGUAUAUUGAUGCCAUUUUCCAUUAUUAUUAUUAUUAUUAUUAUUAUUUUAAUUUUGAUGAUAAUAAAUAUUGCAGAGUCUGACCUCGUAGGAUUGUGAAAUUGUCAGCUGUCUUCUUGGAGGUCCACUCGACUCCAAACACUUUUUUUCCCAGAACACCAACUCACGUGUCAGUGUAGUAAUUUGUUCAUCCAAAGUUUCUUUUUCGCUCAAAGGCGACAAAAGUAACAUACAAUUUGUAUAGAAAUAAAAGUGAGGUGGUUGCGCACUGACUGUACAGGGGUAUAAUGUACAUUCUUAUCGUUCCCUAGACCCUUAUUGUACCAUUACCUACGUCUAAUACGAUCCAAUUGUUUGCCCACUUUUGGGCGUAGAGCGUAAUGAACAUGAGUAGAUUGACAGUGCAUUUCUGAAGACAUCUUUUACGGGGAAAUAAACAUAGUGUUGAAUAGACAAUCAAAUGGCAAGAAAUAUCAAGAAAUAUUAAUUCAGAAGACUUCAUUGUUCAUUCUUAAUAUUUGUACAUAAAAUCUUUUUUUCCACAUUUUUUUGUUUUGUAUUUUCUGUUGUACCUCAAUAACUGGUGUACAGUUCCAGAAAUAAAAAGCUCUGGAUAUUGUAAAUUCA